AUGAGCCAUAAUCUUCAGAGCGCUGUCUUGAUGCUCCUCGUGUCCGGCAGAGACUGGAUUUUUGAGGACGAAUCCGGGACUCUGCAGGAGGUGUUUGGCCUCACCGAGAAGCUGUUCGACGAACCGAACAAGCAUCUCAGCGACAGCGAACGGGCGUCGAUUAACGCGAUGAUCGAGGCCAUCGGAAAGAGGAAGACGUCAGAAGCACGCUAUAAAGUUCUCGAAGGGAAGAGCGAGGGAGGGUGGAGCGCAGGACGGGCUGCUUUUAAGAAAUGGUUUACGAAGCAAAAGGUUAGUAGCCUCAUGGGUCAACGUAUUGACGCAGUAUACAAUUCUUUGGGUGUCGCACCUAUGCAACUCAUCAACGAGGGACUCGAGCCAGGAGAGGAGUUCCCGAGCAUAUUAGAUUCUGAACGCGCCAAGGAGGACGUGCUGCUCGCGGUUGCCGGGGAUCACGCGCUGGAACGUGUACCGCGUGGUGAUUUUCGUGAUGCCAUCACGGGCAUCAACCACCAUGCAUGGGAACGUCACCGCAAACGCUUCAGGCGUGCUCUGGACGGAUUGCCCAACAAGAAAUUGGCAGCGCUUACAGCUGUGAAAGUAAUUGAAGACGCACAUGAGGUCACUGCCCAGCAGCUGCGAGAGGCGACGAGGGCCGUCAAGGCGCUAAGCCAGACAGUUGCGUGGUUCCCUGCGGAACAGGACAAAGUAGGCGAGUACGAAGAAUUCUUAAAGGAGGUCGUCGUUGUUGCGGUGGCCAAGGUCAGGAAAGUGGCGAAGGAGAAGGUCACAGUGAAGACGGACAACACACCUGGCCGUAAACGUGGUGCUCAACGUGCGCGUAAGGUGAAGACGGACUCGCUCGUUGCUGCUGGCGACGUUGAGGAAAUCUGGGCGCUGUACGUCCAACUGUUUGAAACUGAGCCUGGUUCGUUAGAGGCCCCGCAAGACGAGGAGGAUAUCGACAACAGCGGAAGAGCUGCCUGGCUCGCUGAUUCAGAAGACCUCGGCGUGGAUGGAUGGCGGGAGAUGGACAACGACAAGUUGAACCAUCUCCUGCAGUUUCCAGGGGGAAAGCCGGCACUUUUCGCCGAGUAUCGAUCGAAAACAGGGUUGUGCGCUUGGGAUGAGGCGUCGGCGUCAAAAUUCGUGCAUGACAAUGAAGACAUGGAGCCUUUGGCACUCCUGUGGCAUCAACGAGUUGGAGUCGCCGCGAUGGUCGACAAGAUCUGGUCCGCGAAGAAGUCGGAUGAAGAGGUGCCAGGUAUCCUGAUCGCUGACGAGGUUGGCGUUGGGAAGACAGCUCUUACAAUGGGCUUCAUCGCCUUCCUCAUUGAUGCCUUCUGGGUGCAGGAGGUCAAAGCCGGUCGAGGGAGACCUGAGGGCGUGACGUCAAACAUUAACCUGGAAAAUCUGCGCUCUGCGCCAAUUCUUGCAGUCCCCUCAGGGAGCCGGGGAGCCGUCUGGGAUCUGACUUCCGUAGCCCUGGAUGUUGCUGCCGUUGUCGCACUUGCGAUAUUUGGUGACUGUUGUCUGGCCGCCGAACGCCCGUUUUUUGCAGCACUCGAUGCGAUCCCCAACCUCCCUCACGUCAUCAUCGUCCCCAAUUCCCUGUACAAUCAAUGGUAUUCAGAACUGCGCACAUUUUUCGCGCCCAAAGCUGUCGAAAUUUACAAAUAUCCUACCGCUGAGAAUGAGUUCGGCGAGUUCUUCAGUGGUCCUUGGGCGACGUCAGCCACUCCCUUCAUUCACCGCAUCAUAUUAAUCAAUCACUCGGUCAUGUACACGAGCGGCAAAGUAUUCGACACUCGCAAAGGUGUCGCCGGCCACAACAGCAACAAAGCAUCCGAUGACACCCGCUCUAUCAAGCAACGCAAACAGGCCGCCAAAUCCAUCUGGGCUGGGCGAAAGUUCCUCACAGUGUCCAUCGACGAGGUACACGAGAUCCGCAACCUCACUGCCGGGUUCUACGCGACCCUUGAGGUCACCAAGGCAUCAACAGUGAAACUCCUGGCGUCUGGCACGCCGUUGUACACUGGUCCAAUGGACCUUUGCAACGUGGGCCGUUUGGCUCGAAUCCCCUAUUUCAUGGGGAAGCCAGGCGACGAGCGAGACAAGGAGCACGUCAAGGCACUUCGUGCGGCGCGUCGGACGUUGACGCAGGAAGACAAAAACGAUGCAGCUGCGCACACCGUCCGUUUGCUGGCAGGAGGGGCGCCCAGCAACGACGACGACGAACCCGAGCCUGAAGCAAGGAUCCGCAUUAGAACGGCUACCAACAACUGGAUAACGAACAUCAAACGUGGCUUCCGUGGGCGUGUCAUUCGACGGACGGUAGACUCGAAGAUGUUUGACGGCAGGAAGAUCAACGACACCUUGAUCCCAUACAAGAUGGUCAUUCUGGCCGUCCAACUCAACGAAGCGGAGGUGGUAGUGAAUCAGAGCGUCAUGGACCAAAUUACUGGCUCAUCAAGUGCUGCAGCGCUCGAUGAGACAUCUAAUUUCAACACGAAAUUUUACCUCGACGGUCGCACGAAAGUUGGCUUCCCCCAUCACACGUCCCCCACCUACCCUAUCGUCAGGUCACAUGAUGAGUGGGACAAGGUAAGGUCUACCAAAGUCGACACGUUGAUCAAGCUCCUGGGUUGGCAGUUGGAAUCGGACGACCACCAUGUAUUCCCUGUCGACGAGGACGACACAUUGACCGAGGCUGCCGUUGCCGCGAAGGCACUCACUCCACCACCGCCCAAUCAACUCGCCGACCCUGUCCCUCCAUCUCUCCCUCCCGUUCCUAACGCCAAAUAUAUCGAUAUGCCGGAUCUCAUGACGAAGGGCACGCGCAAGAUAUUGGUGUACAUCGAGUUCCCAAUGAUGGCCCCUCUCCUCAUAUCCGUGCUUCAGUUACACAACAUUCAUCCACUCGUCAUUCAUGGUGGACACGGUGCCGAAGAGCGCAACGAGAUCGUCCUGAAGUUUCACUCAGACCCGAACGCGAGAAUUCUGAUCUUCUCAAGUGUUGGUGCUGUCGGCCUCAAUCUCACUGCCGCGAGCGUCGUCGUUCUUUUCGAUCAAUGCUGGUCGCGCAUGCUCGUCAAUCAAAUCAUCGGACGCGCUUGGCGGCUUGGCCAGCAAAAGGAGGUCGUCGUCUAUAAUAUGGUUGCAUUGGGGACAGUCGACGUCUUAAUGCUGCAUCAUGGCGAGGGUAAAGGAAAUAUGUUGAGGCAGUUCUUGUCUGCCAAUCAAGGCCUUGUGAAGUCAAUCAAGUCCGCAGUGGAUGGCCACGCGCCCAUCGAAGAUGACGACGAUGACGAUAUCCGCAUCUUGGACUCACCCCCCGCGACUCCAGGUCCGUCAAAGCCACGCAAGAAAGGCGUCAAAGGCGGCAAAAAGCGCGUGACACGUAACAUCGCUCAGACUGGCGACGAGGAUGGCGACAUCCUCGACCUUACGAAGAUGGGACUUGAUGAUGCUGAUGAGGAGGACGAGGAGAACGAGGAAACAGAUGGGGCGACUGCCAAAGGUAAGGGCAAGGCGAAGAGCAAGGCACCCGCCAAGCCAAAGCCCAAGGCAAAACCGAAGCCAAAGUCAAAGGCAAAAGGGAAAGGCAAAGGGAAGGCCACAGGUGAGGAGGCGGACAGUGACGAUGUAACGUCCUUCAAGAGUGCGAGCAAAUCAAGUGCGACCACUAAGUCGACCACCGGUCCCCUCACGGAGACGCCUGUCAUUGCCGCUGCGUCCAGCUCAACGGGCAAUGCAGAUGUGAGUGCUCGAGGAGACGACUCACAGAAGGAUGGUGGUGCUCCUGCGUCUACGCAGGCUGAUGCUGGCAACGCGCCAGCUUCAUCCAGCGGUCCCCUGAGGGAGCCGGACAGUACAACAGCCAGCGCACCUGCAUCAACAGCCGCUGGGCCUGCAACUGCUACGCCACCUGCACCACCAGCACGAGCAUAUCCCGCCACAGCUGCAACAGCUGAUUAUAGGGCCUUUUUCUAUAUAUGUUAG